GUUCACUGCGAGGUAGGUCCUGACGGAAGCAGUGCGGGGCAGGGCGACACACUAGCUCUCAUGAAGAGGCCCUCUACCAGCGCACUAUGAGAUAGUGUGCCCUACUUUGCAUCUAUGCAAAUAGUCCAUCUCUAUUCUCUCACUGUCUGGGUACAAGCCAUAGCGGCGAAUCAACCAUCACGUGCGGUACGCGUACCUCCAUGCAACGACCGCAUCUCGAGUGCAGCUGCUGUGCUUGCUGUGAAGAACAUAUAUCCGGCGAGUGGUCGCACUGGGACGGUGCCUACGGUCGUCUCGUAAUACGCGCCGCACUUGGUCACUGCUUUUGAAUCGUCCGGCGGCAUGGCUUGCUACUGCGAGUACGUGUUGACGGCCAGCGGGAUCCUGAAGCUGUUCCAGAUGGUCGUUGGCGCCGGCAUCGUGUUCCUGCUGAGCGAGGGCCGCCUGGACGCCAACUGCUACCUGUCCAUGCGCCUGGACGCACUCAUCCUCUUCAUCGCGUCCAUCGUCUUCUUCUUCAACGCGCUACUCAUACUCGUCUGCGUGCUGGUCGGCGCCCUGGAGAUUCCGGGUUCGACGAUGUACCGGAUGAACUACUUCAUGGCCACCUUCAUCCAUGUGCCGACCAGCAUCGCGUACCUGUGCAUCGAGACGCGCGUGGGCGUCUACGUCCAGGGAUCCAUCGCCGGCGCGCUGGGCAUCCUCAACAGCCUCAUGUUCCUCGCGAACGCUGUGAUGGCCUACCACCCGCGCGUCGUUUGAGAAUAAACACCGGCCGCCCCUAAGGGGCUCCUAUCGUCAACCAUAUAUACAUGACGAAUCUGUUCACUCGACGCAGAUAUACGCAGCUCUCAUUAAACAUUGCGCUCUAUACUUCCUUUCAAUUGGUCUUCGGGGCUGCGGCGGCUUUCACGCUC